CUCUGCCUCUGUCCUUCUGCUUCGGCUCCCCUCCUCGCCAGCUCUCUUUCAGACACGGCUCGCUCUCGCCGCCGCCUUCCUCCGUCCUUCCCCGUCCAGACUACGUAGCAGGCAAGAAGAAGGACCCAGCCGGUUCGUGCCUCCUUGCGGCUGCUUCUGGAUUCCCCUGCAGUCUCGGACCCCGGCCCAGCGACCUCCUCCCCGGCCCCGCCGCCGAUCAAGUCCAGGCCUUUUUCUUCCGCCAGGUCAAUCAGCCCAACUAGGAAACACCGAUCUGUGUCAGGGAGUAUGGCUGGGGGUGGCACAGGCAUCAGGAAGUACGUCGGGGCUCUCAAGGACACCACAACAGUUAGCAUAGCAAAAGUGAACAGUGAUUAUAAGGAGCUGGAUAUUGCUAUUGUGAAGGCCACAAACCAUGUUGAGCGUCCAGCAAAGGAGAAGUACAUAAGAGAUCUUUUUUACCAUCUUUCUCCUGGAAGGCCUCGUGCAGAUGUAGCCUACUGCAUCCGUGCCCUUGGUAGACGUCUUUCAAAGACACGCAACUGGGCGGUUGCUCUGAAGACAUUAGUUGUCAUACACCGUGCUCUUCGGGAAGUAGAUCCUACUUUCCGUGACGAGUUUAUAAGUUAUGGAAGAACUAGCUCCCAUAUGCUCCAUCUGUCCUACUUUAAGGAUGAUUCUAGUGCAGAAGCCUGGGAUUACUCUGCAUGGGUGCGCAAUUAUGCUUUAUAUUUGGAGGAGAGAGUCGAAUCAUUCCGUGUACUGAAGUAUGACAUUGAAAAGGAUCCAUCGAGAACUCGGGAUCUUGAUACAAUUGGAUUGCUCGAACAGUUACCAGCAUUACAGCAGCUUCUUUUUCGUCUACUUGAUUGCCAGCCACAAGGGUCAUCAUCUUAUAACAUCAUAAUUCAGCAUGCACUAUCAAUGGUUGCUCUAGAGAGUGUUAGGAUCCAAACAGCCAUCAAUGAUGCAAUACUCAAUCUUGUUGACAAGUUUUUUGAGAUGCAAAGAGAUGAUGCUAUAAGGGCCCUUGACAUGUAUAAAAGAGCGAUUAGCCAGGCAGAACAACUUUCAGAAUUUUAUGAAGUGUGUAAAAGUAUACAUAUUGGGCGUGGUGAGAGAUUCCUUAAAAUUGAAAAGCCACCUGCAUCGUUCUUGGCAACUAUGGAGGAGUAUGUGAGCAAUGCUCCCCUUGCUUCAAUGGUUCAGAGAAAUCAGGCUGUACUAGCUAUAGAAUACAACAGAAAAUUGGAAGCUGAAGAACCAUCAAUGCCACCGCCUCCAGCUCCAGCUUCAGAACCUGUACCUGAGCCAGUUAAAGAAGUCCCUCCCGCGGCUGAACCAACAGAUCUGCUGGGAAUGAAUGAAUCAACCCCUGACACAUCUGAAAUAGAUCAAAAGAAUGCUUCAGCAUUGGCAAUUGUUCCACAAGAUAAUGCGCCUAAAGCACCUACUCCUACCGGUACUGAAAGCGUGGCCACCAGCUGGGAGCUGGCGCUAGUCACUGCACCCAGUGCAAAUGAAACUGCUGUUACUUCAAGCAAAUUGGCUGGUGGACUGGACCUGCUUACACUUGACAGUCUAUACAAUGAGGCGCACCGUCAAGCACAGCAGGCACAGCAGAAUGCGAGCCAGAACCCUUGGGAGACCGUUCCAGCAUCAGGUCCAAUGAUGCAGCAACCGAUGUACGACCCGUUCUACGCCUCCAACUCCAUUGCCGCAGCCCGCAACGUGCAGAUGGUGGCGAUGGCGCAGCAACAGCAUGCCUUCAUGCUCCAGCAGGAGCAGCAGCGGCAGAUGAUGAUGGUGAUGGCACAGCAGCAGCAAGCCUCUUCGAAUCCGUUCGCCGACCCGUAUAUGCACCCUGGUGCAGGGAUGCAGCUCCAUGCCAGAAACGCAUACACUGGAACUGGUAUGAUGUAGGGCGCCACAGAACAUACUACUCUGUUUUUGGCACCUUUGGUUCCUUUCCUUCCCAUUGUAAGAAUGACAAUAUGAGCACAGCCAUAGAAGAAUUUUUUGCUUCUUUCUGGCUGUUCAUGAGCAAGAAGGUCGAUGUACACCUGGGAACUGAACUACUGAAGGACUAGUAUCCUUGCAAAAUUUAGUACGAGAAACACAGUCAUUUUCUGAUGUGAAUAUAAAAGGCUUUGUUAACGAGUUGAUUGGG